AUGACUACAAUGAAGAAUCCUAAUUCGUCGUCUUCUAAACUCGCACUUCUUAAUCAUAUCAAAUACGAGCACUUGGUAGCUGGAAUAUCAGGUGGCGUCACAUCAACAUUAAUUUUGCAUCCUUUGGAUCUCAUAAAAAUCCGUUUCGCAGUGAAUGAUGGGAGAUCAGCAACAGUUCCGCGUUAUGAUGGUCUGGGUAGUGCAUUUGUAACAAUUGUAAAGAAGGAGGGUUUCCGUGGACUGUACCGUGGUGUCACACCUAAUGUCUGGGGCUCAGGAUCCGCUUGGGGCUUCUACUUCUUAUUCUACAAUGCAAUAAAAACAUGGAUUCAAGGGGGGAACGCUCGCACCCCCCUCGGUCCGGGUCUGCACAUGUUAGCCGCUGCCCAGGCCGGCAUUCUCUCCCUUGUGAUGACCAAUCCCAUAUGGGUCGUGAAGACCAGGCUCUGCCUUCAGUAUAGCGAAGAGAAUACUAUCGCUGAGCACAAACGGUACAGAGGCAUGGUUGAUGGCCUCACGAAAAUCUAUCGAACUGAAGGCAUCAGGGGGUUAUAUAGGGGCUUCAUUCCGGGCAUGUUCGGCGUCUCGCACGGCGCUCUGCAGUUCAUGACAUAUGAAGAAAUGAAGAAUAGGUAUAACCAGUAUAGAAACUUGCCCAUUGAUAUUAAAUUGACAUCAGUCGAGUACCUAACGUUCGCAGCUGUAUCGAAGCUCAUAGCGGCGGGUGCGACCUACCCUUACCAAGUGGUCCGCGCUCGCCUACAGGACCAACACCGCCAGUACACGGGCGCAUGGCACUGCGUCACUGAGACAUGGAGGCACGAAGGCUGGCAAGGUUUCUACAAAGGGCUCAAACCAAACUUAAUUCGUGUGGUGCCAGCUACGAUGAUCACUUUCUUAACAUAUGAAAAAAUAUCGUAUUUUAUGUUAAACCGCAACAAGGAAAUUAAAUUGCCAAGU